GAUCAAAUUCAGAUGCAAAAAGCUAAUGAGGAUGUUAUGGCCUUACAUUUCAACAAUUUACCUAAACAAUUUUUAACCUAUGAGUUAACAGAAUCUACUGAUAGUGAUGAUAUUCGAAUAAUGUGA